AUGACAAUAACCAUUCCUUCUCUUACCUCCGAUCAUGUGGAUCGAUACUUUGAGUAUAUUCAGCUACCCCAUGAGUAUAGACGAGAUCGUAAUCCCAAGUUGGAUAUCGCCCUGCUCACUACCAUCCACACCUAUCAUGUGUCAACCAUUCCCUACGAAAACAUUGCCCUACACUAUGCCCCUGAAGCGCAUAUUUCCUUGGAAGUGUCUGACAUCUAUCACAAAUUUGUCGAGAGGGGUCGCGGAGGAUACUGUAUGGAGAAUAAUAUAUUCCUCUAUCAUGUUCUUUCCUUCCUCGGCUUUCAAGUGUACCUAGCCGGGGCCAGGCUUCAUCGUGAUGCCAGGAGCAACUCUCCCGGAUGGUCAGGCUGGGAACAUGCCGUUAACAUUGUCACCCUUGCCGAUCAUACCCAAUACCUAGUUGAUGUAGGAUAUGGUGGCGAUGGGCCCAAGGCCCCACUACCUCUUGAGUCAGGGACAACAACGCCCAACAUUGGUACACAAGAGCUGCAACUGCUGUACGGCACCAUUGAUGGUCUUUCCGACAACAAGCAGCGCAUGUGGAUCUACCAGUUCCGAAAUGCUCCCGACAGCCCUUGGACACCAGCUUAUGCCUUUACUGAAACUGAGUUCCUGCGUCGAGACUUUGAAGUUAUGAGUUUCUAUACCAGUCAACACCCGCAGUGUUUUCUGACUUCCAACCUCCUCGUUAUCAAGUUCUUGCGCGAAGGCAGCAGCCUUUACGGAAAGAUCAUACUGGACCAGGACAAGGUGAAAGAGAAUCUCGGUGGCAAGUCUGUGCUGGUCAAGAUGUGUAGUACGGAGGAGGAGCGGGUUCAGGUGCUCCGGGAUAAAUUUGGUAUAUGCUUAACCAAAGAGGAGCAGAAAGGUAUUAUCGGUCGGAGGUCUGAACUAGUCAAGUAG